GUUAGGAAAGUUACAAAUAAAUAGUUGUUUAAAUUAUUAUUUUAAGCAUUUUUGUGGGUUAGUGUACUAAUCUAUAGUUAAAGCGGAUUCGAAAUAAACUGAGAAGUUAAAAAAUAUGGAAUCAAGUGUUGAUAGUUUUGUAAUACCGCCGACCAACGAUCAAUUACGGAUAAUAAGGGACGAAAUUAACGAAGAUGAAGAUAGAUCUCCGCAUGUCGAAAAUUUAUUAUACACGUGGAUAAACUGCCAGCCUCAUUUUCCUAAGAAAUAUGAUAAAAGAAUAAUACGCACUUUUUUAAGAAGCAGCAAAUAUGACAUGGAAAGGACGAAGGCAAAAUUGGAGUGCAAUUUUACUGUCAGAAAUUUAUACCCAGAUAUAUUCUCAGGAAGAUCUACAAACGCUGCUGAUGUCGUACAAGCUUUGGAUACAGUCAUCAUUGUGUUCCUGCCAAAAUUCACAGAAAAUGGCAACAAAGUUAGUAUUUACAAAUUAAAAGAUACGGAUCCAUCUCGUUAUGAUGUGUAUGCGGUAACCAAAUUGUUUUUCAUGAUGUAUGACUUAACUCUAACCAGCCAAUAUCCAAAUGCUGGGGAGAUAGCCAUAUUUGACGGAUCAGGAUUGAGUCCUAAUCACUUUGUGACGUUUCUGACGAUAAUAAAAAUCGUAACCCCAAUUUUGAGGCGAGCGUACGGUACACGUCUGAAAGAGAUACAUAUCCUGAAUGCACCGCCACUGCUAGAAAAAAUUUUGAGUGUUAUCAAACCAAUUCUACAUCAUAAAGUCAAAAAUGCCUUUAACGUCCACAGUAGCAGUAGAACCCUUUGUGAUUACUUCGGUAAAGAAAUAUUACCCUCCAAUUAUGGCGGAAAGUGUAAAUCUCUAGAAGAAUUAAUGAAAGUUCAUUGGAAAAUAUUAAAUAAUAACGAAGAGUGGUUUCUUGAGCAGGAGAAUAUGAAAAUAACCAAGACGAUACCAAAGAAAAUUGAUAACAACUUAUAUUUUAAAGAAUCUGACAUUCAAGGAAGUUUUAGGACUCUACAGAUAGAUUAAAAUUGUUCUAGUCUUAAUUAUAAUGGAUAUCAUACAGGGUGUCGCAGUAUUUUGUCAACAAUUUUCUACAGACCAAAAAUAAAAAAACAAUUCAUAUAAACAUCAUCAAUGCUUCAUUUCUGGGUGAGGGUGAUUCCUCUUGAUGUGCCCUAUAAAAAAUAUUUUAAUAACCUACAAAUGUCAUUUUGUAAUAAGCAUAAAUGAGGAAUAAUGCCCUAAGGCACUAUGAAUGUCUACAAUGCCCUAUGCCCUAGGGCAAAUACGUAAUACCAAUGAAACAAAUCAAUUCAAAAAUAGUAUCAACUAGGGUUCAAAUAUUUUUAUAUUCAACCAAGAAAAAUGAAAAAGAUCCAUCAAAAUUUUAAUCAAUUAUGCAUGUUUAAUGCAUUCCAUUGAACCAUUUUUUAUUAAAUGUGCUUAAAUCCAUCAGAUUUGGAUAUCGGAGAUUGAUGGAAAUGAUGUAAAUGGUAAAAGUUUAAAUAAUACAUUAAAAGAUAUUUGAAAUGGAACUUAUUUUAAUUUAAAUAAUCUAGCAGUAGCAAAACUAGUUUCAUCACUUCAGAAAGUGAUGAAAAAUACUGACAACCAUUUUAAAAAUCAUUUUAUACCAAGAAAGAAAAAUUUAAGUAUA